AAAAUCAAACCUUGCUUUCAUAAAUACCAAACGCAGCAACUUCAGUGCUGCCAACAAACUGCCCGGGGAGCUCAACCUAAAGUCUCUUAUGAUAUUGCUGGGUUAUACAGCACACAUGCUGUGCAGAAACCACAUAAACUGAGCGUCUGCAAUUCAAAAGCAAAAUGUACAGAAACAAGCUAUUACAGAAAAAUCAUACAUUCUGACACAAGAAGCAAGCUACCUCAAGGCGCUUGUAAAACGCAGAGAACCAUGUAAAACAACACCAACAGCAACGGCACCCACAACCCCUGCGUUAAACAGUGUGAUGGGCAGGGUGAGGCAGCGCGUUCCUUUGAGCAGCUCACUAACCAACAACCAACAGUAACUCUCAAGCAAGCAAAUGCAAAGCGCACAGCUCAGCUCUCAACACUGCUUGUCACAUGGCUAUAUGAGUGCUGUGGCGGCAACGUUGUUGUAAUGACAUGCGCUGCCUUAAACUGACCUGGCCUGGUCGGUCAGCUUGCCAACUUGGCUAGCUGGUUCACAACUGCCACUACACACAAGCUGCUGCCAACCAACGAAACCACAUACUCGUACUUUAAUACUGUUAGUACAUAUCUGUAUGUACUCGUAUCUGGGCAUUGUUUAAGUUUCGAAGCUCUCGCAAUUACAAAUGGCAAGUGAAUCAAAGCGCUUGCUUAUUUCAUCUACUCAUAUGUGUGUACGCAAGCAUCUUUCCCAGCACAUUGCACACCCUCCCUCAUACAAUUUGGCAUGCAAAAUAGUCGAAACGAGACUAGUCGCCGUCUCAUGGCCGCCGUCAUCGGUGUUGUGGAAGUGGUCGUCGUCGUGCCUCAGUGUUCCUCAAUGAAAACGCUUUUUCAGUGAGUAGCCAUUUUGGCUGCACAAAAAUACACCAGAACGUUACAAGCCAACAAAUGAGACGAACAGCCAGCGAGAGUGCCGUUAUACAUACAUAUUUACAUAUAUUGUACAGCAGAGCGUUGUUAGCGCAUGGGAAAAAAGAAAAUGUUUGUGACAGCGCUCGGAAAAGUGGCAGCACUGCAAAGCGUAUUUUGCUUUGGCCACCACUACGACUCUCAACCUCUACGCUGAGAAGCUACGCUCGUCGCUCGGCCUGUCAAUAUACACUUUGGCUUCAUACUAUCCACCAACAAGCAACCAAAAUACACAAAUUUAUUAAUAUUAGAAGCAAAGUUUUGCAAAUUAAAUAUAUAUAAAAAAAAUAAUAAUAUAUAAAUUGUAAAAAAGUAAAAUAUAUUCAAUUUUAUUUAUAUACAAAAGAAAAUACCGCGCUUUUUUCUCGUAUACUACGCAAAAAAUAAAAAAGAAGAAACACCACUGCAAUCAAUAAAAUACGCAAAACUUCAGGAAGCAAACACAAAUUACGAAAUAAUCGUCGGUAAACGUGUAAAAUAUAAGCAGUGUAUAUAUGUAUAUGGGGCAUUGAAAACAGAGGAAAAUAGCUACAAAUAAAAAUUGUGUAGAAAAUUAUAGUGCUGCGUGAAAGCAAGAAAGGCACCGAAAUAUUCAUAAAAGCAAUAAAAGUUUAAAAAUCCAAAGAAAACAUACGCAGAAAAUACGCACGAACGCACGAAAUAAAAAAUAAAACCACGAGCGAGUUGGAAAAAGAUAAUAAAAAGCGAAUGCGAAGCAAAAUUCAGAGUACAAAAAACAGAAAAAAAAUUAAAAAUAAUCAGCAACUAAUUUGUUGCUAAGCGCGCAGUAAAUGUAAAAGCUGUAAAUAUUGCAAAAAGCAAUAAAAAGGUAAAUGUUGAAAAAGUAAUGAAAAAGUAACAUAAAAAGCGAUUUACAAAAAUUGAGUUAUAGUAUAAAAAAUUUCGGUUAUAAUAAAUAAAAUUAUAUUAGAGCGCUGUCUUAAGCAGAGUUGUUAGUGUAAAAAGUCACUAAAAAUUAAUUUCGAAAUUAAAAAAUAUUUUUUAUAUUUAAUAAAAAAAAAAAAAAAUCAAUAAAAAAGGUGAAAUAAACUGGGACAGCAAAUAUUUAUUAAAAAAAAAACAAAAUAAAUAAAAAUUAAAAAUAAAAAAAUAAAAAAUAAAAAAAUAUAAAUUAAAAAAAUAAUAAUAAUAAAAAAUAACAAGGAAAAAAUUAGAAUAAAAUCUGAAAAGUGAAAAAAAUAAAAAUAAAUAAUAAAUAAAAACCAAAAGCCAAAAAUAAAAGACAAAAAAAAAUAAUAUAAUAAAAUCUGAAAAGUGAAAAAAUAAUAAAAAGAAGCUUCCAAUAAAUUUCAAACAAGUGAAAGUGUCAGAAACACCUAGAAACACACACAAAAUAUUUUUCAAAUAAAACGUCAAAGUAAACUAUUAGGUGGGCGGUAAAUUUCACGCCACAUAAAAAUUAAAUCGCACAUCAAGUGCUCGUAAAAGUGUGCCACAAAUAAAGCGCAAAACACAAGAACAAACCCAAAACAGUGGAAAUAAUUUAGCAAUUUUUCGUAAUACCACCAAAAUCAAGCAUUUUACGAAGCACAUACCCACCCACUAGUUUAUUGUGCUAACCAAUCGUCGCUCUUGAUGCCAAAGGGAAGUUAAGCGAGUUCUUCAAAGCUAUAAAAUCGAAAACUAACACUACACAUUUAAAGCGCACACAAAGCAAGAAAGCAGCGCCUACGCAUUACCCCAAAACUGCAAAUCUACUUCGUUUACUUUCCGUACAACCAACGCAAGCAUACUUUAUUUUAGGUCUACCCAGUGUAACUGUAUCUUACUGUGUGUCAUAAUUGCCGACAGCUCCGUCAUUGUUUGCGCUACUACAUUAACGAGGAGCACAAAUCUGCACUGCUCAAGUCCCUACAAACCGCCCAAGCGUUCAACCAAUCAAGCCAACCGUUUAGUGCCUCCAAACAAAGAAUAAAAUAAAGUAAAUGAACACAGUUAACUAACUGUUUGAUAGUUCAACAUCUUCAACACAACUCUAAAUUAUUUCGACACGCGCUCUGUCACCCCGCCAACACAUUUCGUUGCUUAACGCCACCUAUAAUCCUACGUCGCAUCGCCGAAAUUUUUUGGUUUUAUUUGAAAUUUUAUUGAACACUCGAAUUUUGUCUUCGCGCGUUACUUCGUUUAUUUUUACGACGUCUAGAUCAUCUGCUGUUGCCAAUAAAACAAAAACAACAUUUAUGGAAAACAAAAGCAACUUAGAAAUUGCAUUCAAUAACGGGAAUAUUUUUAUAAAAAGUUGAAUUAAGACUGAAAGGAGACUAACUGUUACAAGAGCGAAAAACACAAAAAAAAAUUACUAAGAAAAAGGGAAAUCGCUGUAACUUUAUUGAGGAAACUAAAAACGAAUCAGCAGUGUUUUUUUUCUUCUAAACUGCACACACACACAUGCGCAAAAGCACAACGGUGUCCAAAACACGCACACAUGCACGCCUUAAUUAUGUUGCUGCACAAUGUCCACACCGUUGGGCGACGACACCACCACAAGUAAAUCGGCACCAGACACGCAACAACGUGCCACAAUCACAACAACCACAACAAUAAACACUUGCGAACAGCAUGCCAACAUGAACACCACUGCAGCAACUGCUGUUAUUGCAACGAGCGCAACUGCAGCCACAAUCACAGCAACAACACGCCACACUAACCACAUACUUAACCACCACCAUAACCAACACCACCAACAACAACAACAUGAGCAACAACAACCCUCACAGCAACAGUCAUAUUGCACGCCAAUCGAUGUUGUUGAUGGUAAUGUUGUUGCAAUUGCAACAACAACAUCGGGUGUGGUAGAUUGCUGGCAAACACCACAGCAACAGCAAGCACAACAACAACAAUUGCUUUUGCCACAACGACAACAACAGCAGCAGCAACAGCAUGCGCCGGGCAACAACAGCAGCAGCGGCGGCAGCAGCAGCAAUCCUUCGAGCAGUCAUUUUGUUUGCUAUUUGCCCGUGCUAAAGCCCGAUGUGGUGCUCAGCGAUCGCGGUCUAUUUACCGUUUAUUGUUUUGUCAAAGAUUUCGUUAGGUAA